AGGAGGGGUGGGUGGGAGGCGGUGCUAUCGCGCGUCUCCGCGUGCGGGCAGGGAGCCCUUCCCCUUCCCUUCUCUUCCUUUCCCUUCCCCGGGCCUCCCCCAACGCCUCCCCCUGCCCCGCGUCCCUCGCAGGGCGCCGGGCCGGCGCGGGGGUCUGCGAGCAGCGCAGGGAGGGAGGGAGGGAGGCGGGGAGGGAGCGGGGAGAGAGAGAGAAAGAGAAAGAGAGAGGCUGAGCCAGAUCUUCAUGCCACUGCAGGCAGCAGCAGCAGCAGCAAAACUUCUGAAGGUUUGCAGAACAUAGCAAGAGAACCACCAAGAAGGCUAUUGCAGUAUUAUAAAUAUCCUUCAGUGAAGAUUAUUGGCAAUAUGUAUCAAUCUGUAUCUGAAACCAGCCACCCUUUGCAAACAGAGGAACAAGAAGUAGGCAUUGAUCCCUUGCAGAGUUACUUGAACAAAACAGAGGAAGGAGGAUCAAAUGAGAAUGGAAGCACACAGCACACCUCAGAUUCUGCUGGAACAUUUAUUUCUUACAGUAAAGAAUGGGAAGAACUAUUUGUAAACAACAAUUACUUGGCAACUAUACGGCUGAAGGGGAUUAAUGGGCAGCUGAGAAGCAGCAGGUUCCGUAGUGUUUGCUGGAAGUUGUUUCUGGAGGUUCUACCCCAAGACAGAAGUCAAUGGAUUAAAAACACUUCAGAAUUAAGAACUUCAUAUAAUAAGAUAAAAGAAAUCCACAUUACAAACCCUCGAAAAGCAGGACAGCAAGAUCUGAUAAUCAACAAUCCGCUCUCUCAGGAUGAGGGGAGUCUUUGGAAUAAAUUUUUCCAGGAUAAAGAGCUUCGAGCAAUGAUUGAACAAGAUGUAACAAGAACUUUUCCUGAAAUGCAGUAUUUCCAGCAAGAGAAUGUGAGGAAAAUUCUUACAGAUGUUCUGUUCUGCUAUGCCAGAGAAAAUGAGCAGUUGCUCUAUAAACAGGGUAUGCAUGAACUCUUAGCUCCCAUUGUCUUUAUCCUGCAUUGUGACCACCAAGCUUUUUCACACGCCAGUGAAGCUGCACAACCAAGUGAGGAAAUGAAAGUUCUUUUGAAUCCCGAAUAUCUGGAACACGAUGCCUAUGCAAUGUUCACACGUCUUAUGAAGACUGCAGAGCAUUGGUUUUCAACUUUUGAGCAUGACAGUCAGAAGGAGAAAGAUGCGAUGAUUACACCUAUGCCAUUUGCAAGGCCACAGGACUUAGGCCCAUCUAUUGCUAUUGUAACUAAAGUAAACCAAAUUCAGGAUCAGCUGCUGAAGAAACAUGAUAUUGAGCUGUACAUGCAUCUGAACCGACUGGAAAUUGCUCCACAGAUUUAUGGACUGAGGUGGGUAAGGCUCCUCUUUGGACGUGAAUUCCCACUUCAGGACCUUCUUGUUGUCUGGGACGCUCUAUUUGCUGACAGUAUCACCUUGAAUUUAGUUGACUACAUUUUUGUAGCCAUGUUGUUAUAUAUUAGAGAUGCCUUGAUAUCAAGUAAUUAUCAGACCUGUUUGGGACUUCUGAUGCAUUACCCUCCCAUUGGAGACGUUCACUCCCUUAUCCUAAGAGCACUUUUCCUUCGAGAUCCAAAGAAAAAUCCAAGACCAGUGACUCACCAGUUCCAACAAAAUUUAGAUUAUUACAAAGCGCGUGGAGCAGACUUGAUGAAUAAAACCCGUGCCAGUGCGAAGGCUGCCCCACUGAACAUCAACAAAGUCUCCAACAGCUUACUGAACUUUGGCCGAAAGCUGAUAGCUCCAGCCAUGGCUUCAGGUAGCACUGCAGGCCCCACUGCCGGGGCAGGCAGCUUCCCUCCAACAACAGGGCCUACCCGUGGGACAGCAGAAGCCCCCCAGUACCACCAGCACCAGGCACAGCAGCAAAGAAUGAUGAAGUCGGAAAGCAUGCCAGUCCAGCUGGGCAAAGGCGAUGCCCCCGCUGGCGAUGCUGCACUUCCCGGCCCCGCGCAGAACCCCACUGCGCUCCCAGGUCAAAGUUCAAAAAUCAGCUCAUCUCCAAGCAUAGAGAGCUUGCCUGGGGGACGGGAAUUUACAGGAUCUCCACCUUUGUCUGCAUCAAAAAAGGAUUCAUUUUUUAGCACCAUCUCCCGUUCUCGUUCCCAAAGCAAGACUAUGAGCAGAAAAGAGUCUGAGGAGGAAUUGGAGGCCCAAAUUUCAUUCCUACAAGGGCAGCUAAACGACUUGGAAGCCAUGUGCAAAUAUUGUGCAAAGAUGAUGAACACACAUCUUGGAAAUAUUCAGGAAGUCAUAUUACAAGAACACUUGGAAAAAGAAGAUGAAAUUCUGGUUUCCUUGGCUGGUUUGAAGCAGAUCAAAGAUAUUCUGAAGGGUUCCCUGCGUUUCAAUCAGAGCCAACUGGAAGCUGAAGAAAACGAGCAAAUCACAAUUGCAGAUGACCAUUACUGCUCCAACAGUCAGAACAAAGGGACUGGUGAUAUCCUAAAGGGACCUGUUAUGACAAAGCAACAGUUGAUCUCAGGACGACAGACUGCCACUGAUUCAAGCACUAGAGAGAGUAAGGGUGCUGAUGACUGUAUUUUGGUUUCCAAAGAAGAAGGAAGCAGAAGUGCUGUCCCAGAGCCCGCACAGUUGCUUCAGACAUUCAAGGAGUCAGCAGUGAAGCCAGAAGCUCCAUCUCGUCCUUUGGUAUUCUCUGACCCUCUGAUGGGCUCCAUCUCAGCCUCCUCCAGCAACCUGAGUUCCAGCCCUGAUGACAACAGUAGUAAUAACAGCAAAGAUUCUGACUUUGCUAUUGUAAGCCCUCUGGACAUCUAACUAAACUGACUGGGAGAAAUUAGAAGGCCAGCUGGUACACCUCAGCUCGGCUUCCAGUGGUUCCACAGGCUGGACGGUUCUUUGGAUUAGAAGGACAGAAAAUAGGUGAAGGUAAGGCAUUCAGCUGCCAAAAGCCUAGGUUAAAAAAAAAUACAUUUUUUGUUGCGACUCUUCAAAAAGAAUAUACAUCUUGUAAUGACUGCCUUAAGUAAAAACCCAGUAAACCUGGUUCUAAUAUACAGUUAUUCUUAGUUAUAGUCUGUCCUACUUAGGAGCUUUGUUACUAUAGAACUGUUGCUUUCUUGAAACAUAGAAUAGUAUGUGCUAGGUACAAUAAUGGAUUAGGAAAUGCUUAGGUACAUGACAUCAGACCUGAAGAGGCAAAGACAAACUAGAUUUAAUAUCGUCCUUCUGCAAAAUAUGCUAGACUGGGUUUUCUGAAUAGGCAAGGAUACUGUUUCUUCAGAGUCUGUGACUAGAGAAAUAGAGAAUGUAAAUCAGAAAAAUUAAAAGCAUCAUUCUGGCACUUGUUCUCAGUUGAGGAAUCCUAGUUUCUUUCUUUUCAUCCAGCAGUAGCCUGAGGUGUGUUAAAGGCACUGGUUUGUGUAAUAGUUCCUCAGCACUGUGUUAAAGUGAAUGUGUUACAAAUUCCUUGAGAAUGGGGACCUAUACAACAGAGCCUUACUUCCCUUUGCCUGCUAUUUUUCCCCUUGAGAAUUCUCAGCUCACCUCUUUCCCUCUUAGUAUCUGUGUGCUUUUACUCCCCUGGCAUGAAUUGAUUUUGAUUUUACUGAGAUUGCUACCAUCAAAGAGUAGGGAAAUUACAUUAUUUCAUAGCGUACACCUGAGCCAGUUGAUCUAAAAUUAUUUUGAAUAUGGUAAGUUAACAUGGAAGGGUGCAAAGUGAUAUGAAAUGUUCAUAAUUAAAAGCACUUUACAUCUCCUUGCUGUUAUCUUCUAUAUAUUCUGUUUACAUAUAUGCAUAUAUUAUUUCCACAUUACUAGUCAGAAAAAAAUACAUAGUAGUGCAGCAGCAUUAACCAACAGAAAGUUUUUAAUUAACCCUAAAACUUGUUCUUCUAUGGAAAAGCGUAUUUCUUUGCCAUCAAGUACUUAGUGCAUCUAAUAACAGUUCUUUUUAAAUAGGUAAGAUGGGGGUUCUUUGUA